AUGUAUAGCAGCAGAGUGCUGGACAGGAUGCUUCUUUCAGGGCUUGUUGGCCUCCUGCUUGUGCUGACAGCUGAGGCCAGAGUCGGAAAAUCCUCUGAGUCACACCUCUGUUAUGAGACAGAGCAGUGUCUGCAUUUCGAUCUGAUUUGUCAGACUAAGGAUUUUGAGGUCCGUCACAUUGAAUCUGUGAAUUGGGUUACAACAUACGAGAUGGACUAUUCCAUUGACACUGCGGCAACGAAAGCAUUCACACGAUUAUAUAAAUAUACCAAGGGUGCCAAUCAAAAUGGAACAAAAAUGGACCUAGUAACUCCUGUUGUUGUCAGAGUACCUCAUAAUUCUUCUUCGGAAAUGAGUGCCUACAUUGUGCAUUUGUUGCUCCCAGCUGAAUAUCAGGACAACCCCCCCAAGCCUACUGAUGAUAAUGUGCACCUCCUUCGCUCACCUGAUAUGAAUUUGUAUGUACGGGGCUAUGAUGGAUGGUUAACUGCCAAGUCUGACAGAGAAAUGGCCCAAAGUUUGGCAAGUGACCUUGACUCAGUUGGUGCAAACUACAAAAAGAACUUCCACUUUGCUAAUACAUAUAGCAGUCCACUGUCGGAUACUCACAGGCACAGUGAGGUGAUGUUUGUUGCUCUGGAUGAGCCCGUGUGCAUCUGAAGUGGAUCCAUGACCACAUAAAUGUUUUUCUUCACUAUCUCUUCAAGUCAUAAAGUGUAAUUUUAUAUAAUUACAAUGACUUCCACAAUUUAAAAUGUAU